GAGUCACGUGUGAUUACGUCAUGACUCACGGUCAGCUGACGACAAGAACUUUUAAGAUGGCGGCCGGAGAGUAAAAAGGGCCGGGCAACUUCAGGAACCUUCAAGACAUCAGAGUGACAUCAUUCAUUUCUGCAAAUUUCACAGUUGAGGGGCUUGAGUACAACAUAAUUCACCAGAAAAUUAAAUCUUUUUAGAAGAUCUCUGUGAGAAAGUUUUAGAAAUCAAAAGGAAGGAGUGUGCAUUACUCCGUCAGUUUGGUUGCCAUGGCAACUCUAGAGCACACCAUCGCAUCCCACGCCAGCGACGUUAACUGGGUGGCGUUCUCGAGCACGGUUCUGGCGUCAUGUUCUGGGGACAAGACGGUGCGGCUGUGGGAGGUGGGCACAUGGGCAGAACUGCCAUGUUCACCACUGCUGGGACACAGCUACCCUGUGCACUGCUGCUGUUUUAGCUCCUUUGGUACCCAGCUUGCAACAUGCAGUACGGAUGGUACCAUUAAUCUGUGGGGGUCGAAGUCUGGGCAGCGCCUGACAACCCUGGCCCACCCCAGGAAUAAUGGGAUGCGCACAGUCUCGUUCUCCCCUGACUCCAAUGUGCUGGUUGCUGGCAGCGUGGACGGAACUCUGGUCUUAUGGGAUGCAUACACAAAGGAGAUGCUAAGCCCACAGGGUCUGGGACCCCAUGGCCCUGCUGUUGUUAUAGAGGCCCACGACACCUCCAUCUGUGCCUGUGCAUUCACUCCGGACGGCAACUUCCUGCUGUCGGGAUCCAUGGAGGGCAACAUGAAGCUGUGGGAUGGUCGCUAUGGCAACAACAAGUGCCUAUACUACCUGGCAGAAGGUCAUGACCUUGGGGUCACCUGCUGUGUCUUUUCACCCACCUUUGGGUCAGCCAACCCAGACAAUCCCGUACCAGAAACCCAGCCCAGGAUGCAGUACUUCAUGCUGGCAUCCUGUGGUGCAGACAUGCUGGUGAAGUUAUGGGAUGUGCAUGUCAGUCCUGGUUAUGACAUGAGGUUAAGGGUCAAUCUCCAAGGUCAUUCAGCGACAGUGAAUGCCUGUGCCUUCAGCCCAGAUGGCAAGAGACUGGCAUCAGGAUCAGUGGACCGAGCAGCAAUAGUAUGGAACCCUUUAACUGGAGAGAAGCUGUACAUGUUGACUGGUCACCCAAGAUGUGUGACAACAGUUGCCUUCUCCCUGGAUGGGAUGUACCUGGCUACAGGCUGUAUGGACAGAACUGUCAGGAUAUGGAGGCUGGUGGACGGGCCAGCUGUUAUCCCCGUACAAGAAGGAGCCAGCAAGACUGAAAGCCAAACAGAAAUGCUAGUGGAUGUACAAGAUGCUGCAACUCCAAUCAAGGCACAGCAGACAACAGAAGCAGCCCAACCAAAGAGAAAGCCACUCUCUGAUUGGUCUGUGGAGGAAGUCUGCAGUUGGCUGAGAGAAAAGGGUUUGGAACAUCACGUCGAGACGUUCAGAGAAAAUGAGAUUGAUGGAAAUGAACUAAAACAGCUGACCAACGAGACACUGUCAAAAGAUCUUGGAAUAGCUGCACUAGGACAGAGGAACAAGAUCCUGAGAGGAAUCAAGGCUCUGCAGGAGUCCGAGAGCUCCUCCACUUCAGGGCAGGCGCAGGCAAACCUCGCUGCAUUAGCCUCAGCACUGCCCCCUCAACUCAUGCAGAACCUGCCGGCCCUCGUCAGCACCUUUGCCCCCUCCCUGAUGGCCAACAUGGCACAAUCUGCUGGGCCAACUGUCACCGCUUCAAAAGGAGCCACGCCACAAGCAUCAUCCGACGACAAGGUCCCAGACGAGUACCUGUGUCCGAUCUCGCGAGAGAUUAUGGUGGACCCUGUCAUCGCCUCCGACGGCUACACGUACGAGCGCAAGUCGAUCGAGUCAUGGCUGCAGAAGGGGAAGAUGACGAGUCCGAUGACCAACGCCCUCCUGCCCAACAUGAACCUUACUCCUAACAGAAUGCUGAAGAUGCUGAUACAGAGGCACUUUGGUAGUCAGUGACAGCAUCGACCAGGAUUAUCUAGAAUAGAUAAUAUAGAUAUGAUACAUGUAUGGAGGAUAGAUUUUGUUUCUGAAUCAGUACAACAAAGGUAAAACCUGAUCAAUGUUUGAAUGAUCAUUUGAUAAGGUUUUCAACACAAAUGACCCUCUACUUGUGCAGGUGAUUUUUUGGACUUGAAUGUACUGUACUAUGUUCUCCCUCCUUCAAUUCUUGGACAGUAUUGUGAAUUUGUGAUAUAACAAAUGUUAGGAGUUAAAUUCUGUUGGUCACUGAUUCAGAUAUAGAUAUAUUUAUAAUCAUCCAUUUUUAUACAAUCAGAAAAUCUUACAUCAAGUCCUUUGUAAAUAUUGGUAUAUUUGUACAUUGUGAGAAGCCUUGAACAUAAGCUGAAACAUGCAGAAUCUGCAUUGAUAUCCCUUUGACUUUCUUGUUCCUUGCAAGAUACAAAAUGUACAUUAAAGAAGGUUACCAACAACUUUUUACUUUGUCAAUGAUCUGGCACAUACACUGUUGUUUUUCAUGAGAUUUUUGUUUUUCCAUUGUGUAUGUAUAACAUUGGUCUGAACUGUUCACACAAGAGUAAUGCCAGCAAGGUCAGGUGAGAUGUUGCUAAGAACGUGUGUGCUCUGGUUUUUUACCUAUGGAAUACCAUGAAAUACUUUACCUGGGACUGUGAACAAUAUCAUAGGCAUGGUGUUUGGUAAAUGAUCAUUGUGAUUCAACAUCAAGUUGUGAAUUCUCUGGAGAUGUGCCCCUGAUGGAGACAGUGUGGUCAAACUUGUAUGUGACCACCUCUGCAUAAGGACCACCUGGGCAAUUAAACAUUUUAUUGUGGUCAAUUAUUUUUCUUAAUGACUCAAACUUGAAGAAUCUUGUGUACUGUGAACAUUUACUUUCUUUAAGUCCCUUGAGUGGUCACGUUAGCCAUGAUGCCAUUACUAUAUAAUAGCAUUCAUCACAUUCCAACUAUAAUGCUCCAAAAGGUUUUAUUUCAAAAACAGAUUUAAUGCUCCAAAACAAUGUAGCAAAGUCAACACUUUGUUACAGUGCUUUAAUUUCAAUUUGUCUGAUCAGAGUUUUCCUUUCUGAUAUCCUGAUACUUGUACAUGUGAGUUUUCAAGGGCAGUUUUGUUUAACUUAAAUACUCUGUACCACUGUCAUAGUGUCCAUUGUAAUUUUGAAAGUAAACAAGUAUACAUUGGUGCAGAUACAAACAUGUUAUUUGAUAUUUCAUAAUUUGUAAAUAUGGCUACAUACAACUCAGAUUUGUAUCUGGGGAACAUCUUUUCAUUGUAAGCUAGAUCUAAAGAACAUUCAGAUUUUUUUUGAACAUUUCAAUCAUUAUGUCAAAACAUAAGACCUGUAUGUAUGUUAUACUAUAAACAAUGAUUAUAUGAGACUUUGUUGAGCUUAUAACAAAGUGUUGGGUUUCUCUUCUAUUGAUAGCUUUUAUUAAUGUAGUCUUUUCAUUUAUAAAAUCUGUUAUUGUCUUUCUAUGACAAUAGAUAAUAUAUUGA